AUGGUCAUUUUCCACGCACUCAUGGAUGUGCUGCGCGUAGUCGCGGGGACCGUGCUUGCCACGGGUUGGUUGCUUCUGAGCAUUGUGUCCCCACUUGGUCGUUUGCUCCCUGGCUUGCACUCUGCGACGGCGAAAGGUGGCGCGCAGGGUGCAAAGGGCGCGCGUAGCGAUCCUCCAAAGUCACCGUUAUCUAUCAAGGAAGUCAUCGAGGUCGCUUCUGCCGGCUCUGUGGUAUCAGUGCAGCAAGACAUGAGCGGUCAUGUCCGCUUUGCGAAAGUUCGCACUGAGCAAUCGGUGCAACCCACAUACUCUCGCUCUCCCGACGCAUCACCUCCACCUGCGUCUCCACCCCUUACUCGCAAUAUGUCACCUCUUCGUCAGGAGGUCGUCAUGUCUGCUUCACCAAUUGCUUCGGAAGCGGAUACAUCCCACGCUGCUGAUGUUCCGACGCAAGAAAAUUCUAAGUCUGUGCCCCCGCCCUUGAAGCGUUUGUGCGGGAACGCUUUCCAGCAUCCUCCACGGAGCGACACCAUUUCGUCAGAUCACUUUUCUUCUGCGUCGUCAGACACCGUGGUUUCCAGUCCUGUAUCGUGCGAGUCCCAGGACGCGAUUCAGGCGCUGACGCCGCCCCCAAAGAAGCACAAGCUUCUGCGGAUGACCAGUGUCCCUCUUGGGAACACGAAGAAACACAGGAAUUCCUGCAUGCUGCGGAAACAUAAUAGCCUGUCUUCGGCACAGCACACGUCAACACCCCGGCCGCCACCCCCGCUGCGUACGGACCCGUAUCAAGCGCCGUACUUUUUCCCUACCCCAGCCUCGCCUGAGGCUGCCGAUUACAUUCACCAGGUCCGUCGUGGUCGUGCGUUGGCGAGCACUGCGCUACCCGACAGUGGCUCUGAGCCACCAGCUGACCAUCUGCGAACCGCGCGUCGGUCCCUGGAUUUGCCCAAGUUUUCUCCACCGACCACUUCAGUCAAGGAUCUCGUGCACGAGGAGCAUCGUGACGAUGUCGAUCGUCCGCGGAAACGGCAUUGGCAUUUCCUACAUCGGCCUCAUAAUCGGUCAGCAUCGUUGGGUUCGGACGCGCGUACACUAGGCUCAGAUUCGGGCUACAGCGAGGUCAGUCGUUGA